AUGUCUAGCUACCUAUCCAACAGUGGUCUGGAACUGGAACCAGAGAAGUACGAUCUUAUGAUAUUCAGCAAAGGGAACAUUAAACUGGACCAAUACUCUAUACAACUUAAUAAUACAGAGAUGUAUCCAUUUAAAUCAGUCAAAUUUCUAGGAAUCCAUUUUGUUAAAAGACUAAAUUGGGGUAUUAAUACUGUCAAACUAGUGAAUAAAGCCAACCAGGGGCUCAAAAUUCUCAGCUGCCUCAGAAACACUUGGUGGGGUGCUGACCCAGAAACGCUUACUCUUCUUUACAAAUCUCUGAUCAGAUCCAAACUAGAUUAUGGGUCCUUUUUGACCCCCCCCUGUGCAAAAUGCCAUACCGAUAAACUAGAAAGAAUCCAGAACAAAUCCCUCAGAAUAGCAAUGGGAUAUAGAGCUAGUACUCCAAUCAAUGUGAUUUUAGCUGAGACAAAAAUUAUGCAUCUCUCCUUGAGGGCUAAAUAUCUGGCUUACAGAUUCAUUCUAAAAGCAUUAUCAACUAAUAACAACCCUACAAUCGAACACAUUACCACUCUUAAAAGGACCUCCGAAAAUUACAACCAUGAAUACGAUCUCGACACCUCGAUACUGCUAAAAUGCUUCACCAAUAUAUGUCAACACAAUCUUAACAUCAAAUCCUACCCUAUUCUCCCCCAGUACUUGUACCCAUAUUCGAACAAUUUUUUUCCAGUCCAGCUAGACUUAACUAUAGGCCACAAACUGCUAAAUUCCCCUGACCCAUAUGUAGCGUUUAAUAACUCAUUCAAUCAAAACAAUACUCUACACUACACAGACAUAUUCACGGAUGGUUCAAUAAUUAAAAUAAGCGACCAAAACCAAGUUGGCCUUGCUAGCCAUAGCCUAGAUGACCCCUUCAACUUUUCAUAUCAACUACCUAACGAGACAUCCAUCUUUACAGCGGAAUGCACAGCCAUUUAUCAGGCCCUUAGUCGUAUAAGGCAAAGCGACAAAUCAGACUUCAAAAUCUUCUCUGACUCACUGAGCGUCCUCUCAGCCCUCCAAGGUAGUUUCUCAACUCUCAUAUUGGAAACCAAGAACCUAUACAUAAAAUGCUCCCUAGAAGGGAAAAACGUUCAUCUUAUCUGGGUACCAUCCCAUGUGGGAAUUCAAGGCAAUGAGAAAGCUGAUAAAAAGGCCAGGGCAGCAGCUGAGAGCGGACACCUCCUUAACUUACCUAUUCCUUACUCCGACGCUGUCAUCUCAUUUAAAUCAGAACUAAAAAAGAUAAAAGAGUCCAAAAUUCUACAAGAAUACAAAGUUAAGGGCAAGGGAACAAAAUUUUUUCAAACGUUCUUUCAAAAAUCUAAUAAACCCUGGUUCGCUGGCCUCAACUCCAGCAUCCCAAGAAAAGCAUUAGUGAGCAUAAAUAGAAUAAGGUCCAACCAUACAUCAUUAAAAGUAAGUCUGUUUAGACACAACAUUGUUAUAAGUAAACAAUGCGAAUGCGAGCAAAGUCCAGAAAAAGUUAACCACAUAUUCUGGCAGUGUGAAUUAUUCAAAGAUCAAAGAGACAUUUUUUUGGCAAAUCUGAGAAAGAUCCAUCCGUACGGUCCGUUUUCGGUUGAAUCACUCAUUGCAGAUCUCAAACCCAAUGUUCUCAAUUUAAUUUCGUCUUUCAUUGUAGAAAUCAAAAUCAACAUUUAA